UAUUUUUUUAAUUUUAGGCAGUUGAUUACCGGGGUAUAUUGAUUUAAUAUUUAACCUAUGUGGAUUAAACAUUGAUAUAUCCUGAUACUUUUGUGGACAUGGCGACUUUGAAUAUACUUGGCCCUGAGUUACAAAGUCAUAUCAGGGCUGUGUUAUAUGGACAGUGUGUUGGGGACGCUCUUGGACUUCUGACAGAGUUCUUAACCAAAGAUGAGGCAAAAGAAUAUUUUGGGAAAUUGAAGGACAAUUUGGAGUAUAAACACAAGUCCCUGGUGGACAACCCCCAUCAGAGUCGCUGGAAGGAGGGCGACUGGUCAGAUGACUCCGAUCAGAUGAUUAUAAUAAUGAUGUCCCUCACAGACAACAAUGGAAUGGUGAAUCAUAAAGACAUUGCCCACCGAUUUCUGGACUGGAUGAAGAAGGGAUUUCCUGAGUUGGGGGAUUUUGUUGGAAUGGGAAUUGGAAAAACAACCGACCGUGUUCUACACCACAAAAGUUACCUAGAUGAUCCUUACACAGCGGCGGAGAGUGUAUGGAGGGAGAGCCAGUGUAAGGUGGCCCCUAAUGGAGCUGUGAUGAGGACCAGUAUCCUGGGGGUCCACAGGUUUCAUGACCUAGAACAGGUGGCCAGGAACGCAGCAGAUGUGGCCAGAAUCACUCACUUUGACCCAAGAUGCCAGGCCUCUGCGGUUGCUGUGUCAGUUGCUUUAGCAAUAAUGUUGCAGAAGAAAGAGAAGCACUUUGACAGAAGGGGUCACUACAAUGUUGGCGCCAUCAUUAAGGAUAGCUAUGAUAUUGCCGUCAGAUACAUUGAGGACAAAGAACAGAAACAUGAGCUACUGACCUACAUGAAGUGUUCAGAUAUAAAACAACUAAAACUAUCAGGACCAGAGAUUGGUUACACGUUCAAGACCAUGGGCUCUGGAUUCUGGGCACUCAAGCAGAAUGAUUUCCGCAAAGCCAUCACAAAGAUUGUCAUGCAGGGAGGAGAUGCUGAUACCAAUGCCUCUGUUGCUGGAGCUCUUCUGGGGUGUAAGCUGGGACUCGAGGCCAUUCCUCAGACAUGGACGGAGAAUCUUAAACAUAAAGAGUGGCUCGACCAAAAAAUGGACAGGUACUUUUCAAUGAUCAAUGAGGGCAAUGUUGGGACAGAGGAAAAACCAAGUUCAUAAAGUAGAAUAUUGGAUGUUAGUGUUAGUGCGAUAUUUGGGAUCAGUGCAAUAUUGGAUAUCAGUGCAGUAUUGAACAUCAGUGCAAUAUUGGACAUCAGUGCAAUUUUGGACAUGUCUCUAUUUGUUUUUUUUUUCUUGGAGACGAAGACUGGAUUGUUCAACAAAGUACAGGUGAUCAUGUUCAUGAUUGGACUCUUAUUUCUUUAGUGUGAGAUGUGUAAUUUAAUGUAUAUUGCCAAUUUAAAGCCACGGCUAAUUUUCAUGUUUUUUAUUAUCUACUUUUUUUAUUUAUAAGCGAAAGGUAAUUUUUAAGUCCAUUUUUUUUUAUUAUUGUUGCAUAUUACCUUUGAUAAAGGCAAGAAAAAAAAAUUGCUAGGAAUCUCAUGUAAUCAUAUGAAAAUGAAAUUCUUGUGAAGAUAUUGUGAUUAACAGUACAAAUGCAUUAAGCAAAACUACAAGUUCUUCAGAUUUUGGAUCUUGUCCUUUUGGUAUUUGCAUGCAGCAAAUAAUUUGAAUAAAGAAUGCUUUUUUUAGAUAGGAUAUAGAAAAGAUUUUUAUUUCUUUAAAUGAGCCCUUCAAUAAACAGACACUGGUCCUACGUUUUUAUUUGAAGUCAUUAUAUUUCAACAAAAUAACAGCUGAUUAAAUCAAAAUUGUAAAACCAAAGAAUCACAAAUCAUUUAACAUUUUAGACAAGACAUUUUAGCUCAAUUGUUCCUAAAGGAGGACUUUUUAUGUAUUUCUUUUAAACUUUUUGACCUUUAACGAAUUUUUGCUUUUCUUUACACCAAAGUGCUCAGGUUUAUAAUUUAUCUGCUCACAUUCAUUCUGACUUGCAAAUAAAUCUCUCAUCGACAUUCAUAAUUCAAACAUUAAAAAAGUGAACAUAGUCAACAAUCUGGUAGAGGUAACAUAAGGAAAAGUAAAUAUAAUAAAAGGCAAACUAAUUUAGAAUCACUAACAUGUAAGAAAAAAAAAUAUAAGAAAUAUAUUUUGUUGUACUAAAGUGAGCAGUGCUAGAUACGCUCAAUCUCAAUUAUACGUCUUAAAUUUCAUUAAAAAUAUUGCUCAUAUAUCAAUGAUUCCAUUUGAUCGGCUUAGAUAUCAAAGAAUCCUAUUUUCCUGCUUAUGUUUUCAAAGAUUAAUUUUGUCCUACUCAUGUUAUUAAAGAUUUUUUUUGUCUUGGUCAUAGAUCAAAGACUAUUUUCGACCUGCUGAUAUGUCAAAGAUUCAUUUUGACCUAAUUAUAGACCAAAGACACUUUAUUACGUGACACUAUGUGAUCAUAAAUCUAGAUCAUUUCUGCAAGAUCAAGAUCAUUUGUAGGAAAACUGAGUAUUUUUGUCUUAUCCAUAACUUUGCUGUUGACAACCAGUUAAAAAUACUUAACACAGAAGGCUACAUUCAAAAUCAUAUAAUUAAGUUCGUAUUUAGUAUAUUGUAUUGGUGAUAAGAAAACACACAUUUCCUUUUUUUCACCUAGUGCUUCCAGCCUCAAU